CCUCAUAGGCAGGACUCUAGAACUCAGUCUAGACGUGGCACAUAUGAGAGAGUCGAAAUACCCAUUGAGAGGCCUCGGGCCCGCAAUGACAGUGGGGAUAGGCCAGGGCCCCCAGCCACAUUCCGAGAAGAAGUGAUAGUGAGAGCAUCACGGCGCUCUCGAGAUGAGGCAGAUGUGUAUGAUGAUUACACCGACUUUCCUCCUCCUGAUGCCUCGCCUCGGAGGCAAUACGAGCCCACCAGAAGGUUUACCGAGUCUCCACGGCCAAUUGAGGAUGAGGAGGACACGCGAAGAGAUGCCAGGCGAAGAAGCUCAUACAGCCGUUCCAGAAGCCGAUCAAGGUCACCAAGCCGCCGCCUCUAUGGAAGUCCUCCAAGGCGUGAUAGGUACAGGUCUCGAGAGACUUCGCGCACCCCUGGAUACGAUGGCGACAACUUUCGUUCAUACAGAGCGGGUAGCUUCUCGAGUGAUGAAUGGGAUCCAUACGACAAGUUCAGUUUCGCAUCGCAGUCGCUAUCCAUGACGGAGUCGUCAAGAGACGGGGACUCUGAUGCUGAAUCUCCCGAGCCUGAAGAGCAGCCUCCCCCGAAAGUCGAAGUAGCAUCGGCUUCCAGUUCCCAGUUGACGCUUGUUCACUCUUCACUGUACACCGGCAAUGCUGAGAUGAGCGGAUCCCAUACCGCGACUCUCAAGGUGGUGCAUGAUGCGACAGUCCAGAAACACCCUCUCUUUAGAUGGCUUCAUAUUCCCCAAGACGUGAUGAACUUUGACAAGUUCUGGGUUGAAAUCUCUCGCAUUUCUGGCCUCACAGCGCUAGAAAAGAAGGCCAUCACCAGACUCCGUGCCGAUGUCAAGAAGACAUGCGCAAAGUCAAGAAUCAAUCCGAAAGGCGCAAGGGUCGGGUACCUUGAUCCAAAAUCCAUUGAGGUGCCUCUCAAGACAUUGAAGCAAGGGACCACGACAACCGACAUAGUCACCGGCUCUUCUCGAUGGAUUUGUAUCCCUUACUUCUCUCUCGAGAAGUAUUCCGGUUUGCUAGCGGCUUCGAACACGUCUCUUUUCCCUCCUCAAACACUACUGCAGGUGCAAUACUCUCAAAUCGCCGAGCCCAGAGAUAUGGAACAGGCUGUAUGUCGGUUGGGCAACGCAGACCGUGGAGAAUGUUUUCACAUCUCUCAACUUUGGUGUCUUGUCAUCGAUAAUAGUUUGCUAGUCACUUGUGGAACAAUGGCGCGAGAUGAUCUGCUUGGCCAAGCCUUGGAAAUCAAAGAACAGCCCUCCCGUGCGCUAGCCACUGAGGCCAAGGGGCGGAUUCUUGUUGCCUAUGGCGAGUCAGUAGUGUGGCUUCUCGAGGCAGAAGAGUGCCAAACAUGGUUUGUGACAUUUUGGCCCAAGAUUCCUGAAUUCUGGCACAAGGACCAGGUGAUUACACCCGAGACAUGGCCAAAAAUUCUCAAGUUGGCGUCCACAGCUCGGUCGUUAUCGAUCAAGAUUAUCAUGAAGCUGGGCUCCCAACCCGAUCCGCCUCCGCGUUCAAUCCUUCGUUCAGAGCCCCAAGUUCUGUCAAGCUCCUCUGGCAAGAAAGGAAGGCCCAACGUGAACAAGUUCUUCCAUGUUCUCACACUAGCUUCAAGAGGUCUCACUACCAUGGCCGGUUCAGCGACCCUUGAGGCUCAGCUUGAGGCAGCUGAGAAGUUCAUCACAGCCGAGACCACUUACUCGAACCGGAAAACAUACGCAUCCUGCAAAGAGUCGACCAAGAUGGAGUGCUACCUGUACUUGGCUGGUCUAGCGGAUCGUGUGGAAGCCCAGGGGAGUGACGAAGUGCGGCGGGCGUACGAGGAGAAGAUUGACAUUUUCAACGCGGCCGACGUCAUCUACAACUUCUUCCUCCCUGCGGACUUCGAGGGCCCGAUGGCAGGCAAGUUUUGGGGUGCUGUUCGAACCAUGAUCGAGCUCUCGAUACUGGAACCUGGCUUCAUCCAAUCAAGCUUCGAAGACACCCUCAACGAUGUUCGAACAUCUCUUCGAAGCUUCACCCAAGACCUUUUCGCAUUUCAGACAAUCAUGGCAUAUUCGACCGAAGAGGAGCGUGUUGGAGUUGACCUGCCGCCCGAAUUCUCCACAGCCUGGCUCUACAUUGUCAUGGGUAUGAUUUACGGCUCCAAGGACGACUUCACCUGGAAUAGCCGGAUUAGUCGAGCCAAAGACUUGGUUGAAAAGGGGUCCAAGAAGCUGCUUCAAGGCCUCUCUAACAAAAGUCUCCUGGACCGAGCCUCCGUGUUGCCUCUUGAAGUGUUAUCGCUUGUCACGAUGGGCCUGUUGCAGGAUCAAGUUGGAAAGUCUGAUGAUAUUUGCGACACAUACUCACAGUACCUCAACUCUCUUGACAAUUCUAUCACGUCACAGCCGUCAGAUAGAUCACUCCAACGCUACAUUGACCUAGUCCAGCAAGAGCUAGUAGCAGUGAAGCGAACGCUGUGGAAGCAAAAGAACAUCAUCUGCCGCGUUCGAAACUCUUUGACUGCAAUCGGCACGGAGGAAAUCGUUAUCCGCCAGCUUGAGCAGACCAUGUUUAUGAAGGGCAAGGAGAGGCAGUACAACAAACGCCAUUAUGCAGAGGUCUCUCCCCCGAACCCACCACCACAGUCGUAUGGGCCGGAAGAAGACUAUGCGCCGCGGGUUGAGUAUGCAUAUACGCAAGAGGUCACACCACCACAGCCGGCCAAUGACUACAUGGGCCUAGAUGAUGACUUUCUCUACGACAUGACGACGUCGUCGAAGCUCUCGCCCACAGAUGCAGGUGGUCUGCGUGCCCUGUUAUUUCUUGAAUGCUCAAGACUCAUCGAGCAGCGUGAGUUCGAAUUCCGACGCUUCACCGAGUUUACCAAGGAUCUCGAACGUGGAUUCGCAUACAAGAUGGACUUUACGCGUGACCGACAGGAGCGUGCCAUCUAUGCCUUUACACUCGUCACCAUCAUCUUCCUGCCCAUCAGCGCCGUGUCCAGCAUCUUUGGCAUGAAUACAACAGACAUUCGUGAUAUGGAAUAUUCACAAUGGUUAUAUUGGGUCGUUGCGAUUCCUCUGACGGUAGUGGUCAUUAUGGCCGGCCUGCUGUUCAUGGGCGAACUGGGCAACCUGGCCCGGUGGUUCUUGAGACGGUCAGGACAAGGAGGGCAGGGCAUGUACGGAGGGCCUUCGAUGAUGUCGCAAACAGCCGAGUCAGCGGCAUUUUGGCCUCCUCCUCCACCUCCUCCAAGAGAGGAGUAUGUGUCGCCAUAUGAAGGGGGCCCUGGAAUGCAAAGGACACAAACUCAGGUAUACUAUCGUGCUCCGUCGACAAGGGUUCGCCCAUCUCGGAGAGUGGGAGGAUAUUAA